GGGGGGGGGCUCCAUUAGCCCAAAACAAAAGCAUAACCACGUGUAAACCAGAGGUGUAUUCAGGCUUGUCAGCGUGUAAAACAACAGAAGAGGUCAGAAGUGCUUAUGUAUUUACAGAAAUCGUUAUUUUCAUCGCCAAUAAGUAAAAAAUAAAAGACUAACGUUAUUGAAACCGUUUUGUACCGGCCGGGGAGUUUCUGCGUCAUGAUUAUACGCACUGUCUCUGCUUGAUUUCCUGUGAUUCCGCGUGUGUUCGCGCGCAGGGAUGCUUCUGCAUAGUGCCUGAGUAGAGAGCCUUACUUCUGUGGAUAGCCGCCUCGCUGCUGGGGUGCAUCUCAACCUCCCGGCAUACAGGUUCAGGAUCAUCAGAACAACACUCUCCUCCCCCAGGCCCCACGACGUCCCCUCUGCUCCCCCUCUCUCACCUCCACCACGACCAGGAGCUCCUCUGCCCACACCCCCCGACCCCAGCACCACCACCAUGCCCAAGAACAGCAAGGUCACCCUCGCGCCCAGCAAGGAGGCCGUCACGGAGUCCGUGGCGGACCUGCUGGCGCUGGAGCAGCCCAUGGACUACAAGAGCAGUCAGAUGAGCAUGGGCCUGAGCCCCGGGGCCACGGCGCCGGGGAAGGGCCUGCUGCCCUCCCCCGACGCAGACGGGGAGGACGGGCGGCCGUCCUGGAACAACAAGCUGGAGUACAUCCUGGCCCAGGUGGGCUUCUCCGUGGGCCUGGGGAACGUGUGGAGGUUCCCCUACCUGUGUCAGAAGAACGGCGGAGGUGCGUACCUGGUGCCCUACUUCAUCCUCCUCAUCCUCAUUGGCAUCCCGCUCUUCUUCCUGGAGCUGGCGGUGGGCCAGAGGAUCCGGCGGGGCAGCAUCGGCGUGUGGAACUACGUCUACCCCCAGCUGGGGGGCAUCGGGGUGUCCAGCCUCAUGGUCUGCGGCUUCGUGGGCCUCUACUACAACGUCAUCAUCGGUUGGAGCAUCUUCUACUUCUUCCAGUCCUUCCAGUUCCCUCUGCCCUGGGCCGAGUGCCCUAUGCGCAGGAAUGGGAGCCAGGCCAUCAUGGAGCCGGAGUGUGAGAAGAGCUCGGCCACCACCUACUUCUGGUACCGGCAGACGCUCAACAUCACCAGCAGCAUCGACGACACGGGCGGCCUGAACUGGAGGAUGACCCUGUCCCUGCUGGGCGCCUGGAUCAUCGUCUGCAUGGCCGUCGUUAAGGGCAUCCAGUCCUCGGGGAAGGUGAUGUACUUCAGCUCCCUGUUCCCCUACGUGGUGCUCUUGUGUUUCUUGGUGCGCGGGUUGCUGCUGAAGGGUGCGACGGACGGCAUCGCCCACAUGUUCACCCCUAAGCUGGAGAAGAUGCUGGAGCCCCAGGUCUGGCGAGAGGCGGCCACCCAGGUGUUCUUCGCCCUGGGCCUGGGCUUUGGCGGCGUCAUCGCCUUCUCCAGCUACAACAAGCGGGACAACAACUGCCACUUCGACGCGGCGCUGGUGUCCAUCAUCAACUUCGUCACGUCCAUCUUGGCCACGCUGGUGGUGUUUGCCGUCCUGGGCUUCAAGGCCAACGUGAUGAACGAGAAGUGUGUCGUGGAGAACGCGGAGAAGAUCCUGGGAUACCUGAACACGGGGGUGCUGAGCCGAGAGCUCAUCCCCCCACACAUCAACUUCUCCCACCUGACCAGCGAGGACUACAGCGAGAUGUACGGCGUCAUCAAGACGGUCACGGAGGAGGACUUCCCUCAGCUCGGUCUGGACGCCUGCCUGCUGGCCGACGAGCUCAACAAGGCGGUGCAGGGCACGGGGCUGGCCUUCAUCGCCUUCACCGAGGCCAUGACCCACUUCCCUGCUAGCCCCUUCUGGUCGGUCAUGUUCUUCUUCAUGCUCAUCAACCUUGGCCUGGGCAGCAUGAUCGGCACCAUGACGGGCAUCACCACCCCCAUACUGGACGCCUUCAAGAUACGCAAGGAGAUCCUGUGUGUGGUGUGCUGCAUCAUCGCCUUCUUCCUGGGCCUGCUGUUUGUCCAGCGCUCCGGGAACUACUUUGUGGCCAUGUUUGACGACUACUCCGCUGGCCUGCCGCUCACCAUUGUGGUGUUCCUGGAGAACAUCUCCGUGGCCUGGAUCUACGGCACCGAGAGGUUCAUGCAGGACCUGCAGGACAUGCUGGGCUUCAGACCCUACUCCUUCUACUUCUACAUGUGGAAGUUUGUGUCCCCCGCUAUCCUGGUGGUGCUCAUCGUGGCCACCGUCAUCGAGAUGGCCGUCAGCCCCGCGGGCUACAACGCCUGGAUCGAAGCCGAGGGCUCGGAGCGCUUCAUGAACUACCCGCCCUGGGCGCUGGGCAUGGCCUACGCCCUCAUCCUCGCGGCCCUGCUGCCGCUGCCCAUCGUCUUCAUCGCCCGCCGCUUCAACCUGCUGUCGGACGGCUCCAACAAGCUGUCAGUGUCGUACCGCAAGGGCAUGAUGAAGGACAUCUCCAACCUGGAGGAGCAG